AUGCCUGAUGAUUCUGAGUUUUUAUCUGUCAACAUUUCAGAAAAGAAGGAGGAGGCCAAGAAUAAGGUUCAUCAAGACGCAAUUCAUCAAGAGACGAUAAGAAAGGAGCAGAGACACCAGACACUUUACACUAACUUCACCAUCAACCCACUCAAGAAACUGCAUGUCUUGUCAGACAAACCCACGGCCAGUAAACCAAAAGAGACGAUGGAAAAGAAUUGUAAGUUCACAUUGAUUCUCUUCUAUCCCGGAAAGGCCCUGAACGUUGGACAGCAUCUGUCUCAUCAUCACGUCUCCCUUCUUUUUCCAGCGGAGUUGAUCGAGGCCUUCCACUUAGCACGACAAGUUCCCACCAAGAAGUAUCCGGAGCCGGUGACUGAGAGUCACGAGAUAGGAUGGAGCACAGAACCACUGAUUCCAUCGGACCGCUUUGACAGAAGGUUCAACCACCACCGACAGCGCACAGACAUCACCAGGGACAUCUGA